CCCAUUAUUGAUUUCAAUUCUUCUCCACUUCACUUCUUCUCCUCCUCUCUCUUUCUCUCUUCCUCCAUUAAAAAAAAAAAAAUUUAAAAAAAUUAAAAAAAAAAAAGUUUAUCACCUUAGUAGUGAAAACUAGUACUAAGGUGCUUCUUUUCGAUCUGUAUACAAGCAGUUAAGCGCGAAGCUUUCUGAGUAAAAAAGCUCGUUCUUGUCAAUAUAGGACUGUCAUUCGUUCAGCUACCUUUCAAACUAUGAUGUCAUCAAGUGAGAAAACAAGAGAAGUAGGAGAAGGAUCAUCGUCAAGAUCAUCAUCAGGUGGCGCUAUUACUAUAGCGCCACCUGAUCAUCAUCAUCAUCACCAGCCAUCACCACUACCACCGCCACAAUUGAGUCGAUACGAGUCACAAAAACGUCGCGAUUGGAACACUUUUGGACAAUACUUGAAGAAUCAACGACCCCCCGUUCCACUAUCAAAUUGCAACUACAACCAUGUGUUAGAUUUUCUUCGAUACCUCGACCAGUUUGGGAAGACUAAGGUUCAUUUACAUGGUUGUCUGUUUUUCGGACAACCCGACCCGCCCGGACCAUGUACUUGUCCUCUUAGACAAGCAUGGGGUAGUCUUGAUGCUUUAAUUGGAAGACUUAGAGCUGCUUAUGAAGAAAAUGGUGGUUUACCAGAGAGUAAUCCAUUUGCAAGUGGUGCAAUAAGAGUUUAUUUAAGAGAGAUAAGAGAUUCUCAAGCUAAAGCAAGAGGAAUUCCUUAUAAGAAGAAGAAGAAGAAAAAGAAGAUGAAUAUGCAAAUUAAGACUAGUAAGACUGCUGCUGUUGCUGUUGCUGUUGCUGGUGCUGCGACUUUUCAGUUACAAUCUUCUUGAUUGUUAAAAAAGGGGCUUCUUUCACCUUCUUUAGCCGAGGGUCUAUCGAGAAC